AUGGCUGCUCAGCAGAUGAAGGCUCUCGGGGCCCCUGAAGACCGCGGGCUACCCAAAGCCAUACUGUGCAUACACGGCGCAGGUUCAUCGGGGGACAUAUUCCGCAUUCAGCUCACCAAGAUCCGCACGGCGCUCAAACAUGAAUUCGACUUCGUCUUCGUAAACGGGCCGCACCUCACCUCCCCUGGGCCGGGCGUAUUGCCGUGGUUCGAAGGCGCCGGGCCUUACUAUUCGUGGUUCAAGGAGGAGGAUGCAACCAUGGAGCGGCGACUUGAGCAGAUCAAUGACGCCGUGAAGGAUGCCCAAGAGCAAUGGGACUCCACCAAGAAAAACCCGCACUCACGCAUUGUAGGGGUCAUGGCCUUCUCCGAGGGGUCGCUGGCGGCGACUAUGCUGCUCUGGCAACAGAGUAUGGGCCGCUUACCGUGGCUGUCCACUCUGCACUUCGCGACGCUCAUGUGCUGCUACUUUCGGCAGGAGGCCGCUGAGUACAUGUGCGCGGAUCUGGCGGGUGAGGAAAAGGCGCUGAUAAACGUCCCGACGCUGCAUGUGCAUGGUAAGCGCGAUUUCUGCCUGGCCGGCGCGAGGAGGUUGGUCGCAAAUCACUACUUGUCUGAGUAUGCUCAGGUUAUGGAGUUUGAUGGCACACAUCAUGUUCCGAUGAAGCGUGAGGACGUCGACAGGGCAGUGAGACUUGUUUUACGUCUUUCUUGCGCUGUCCCCUAA